GGCGCCGAGGGAGGCCGAACGCAUCUGCGACAUCAAAGUUUUAUCGUCAUUCGAUUUCUAAAGGCUUUUAUUCGCAGGAGCUUCAAUAUUUUACGACCUGGGUGAGGAAGAACACGGCCUCAACUUACAGUGUGCUGCUCACUGGAAUGGACAUGUAUGGUUGCACGGCUACAACGGAGGAUGCAAGCGGACUUGACUGUGUGCAAGUGUUUCCUGCACAAGGUGGAAUGACAAGAAUAUGUAAAAGUCUUCCUGAGAACCUCCAUUGGAGACAAGAUGGAGAAUCCCGUCUUACAGACACAAGCGUCCACCCUGCCGUUUUUUGACGCAGCCCACGCCUUCAACCUGCUACGAGGAAUACACGAACUCCGCGCAGAGCGGAAAUUUUUUGAUGUGACUUUAUGCGCAGAAGGCCGCGAGUUCCACUGCCACCGCACGGUGUUGGCUGCCGCAAGCACUUACUUCCGGGCUAUGUUCGCCGGGAAACUCCGGGAAAGCAUCAUGGAUCGUGUAGUUUUGCACGAGGUUUCGGCCGAGCUUUUGGGACUACUGGUAGACUUCUGCUACACAGGACGCGUCACGGUCACACAAGACAACGUGGAUCUUCUGCUGAAAACGGCAGAUCUGUUUCAGUUCCCGUCAGUCAAAGAGGCUUGCUGCGCUUUUCUCGAACAGCGUCUGGAUGUUUCCAACUGCUUAGAAAUCCAAGACUUUGCAGAGGCUUACGCUUGUCGAGAGCUGGCAGCUAGUGCCCGUCGCUUCAUCCUAAAAAACUUGAUGGAUCUUGCUAAAGGGACAGACUUUGAACGGUUGCCUUGGAAGCGCCUUCUUGAGUUUGUGUCUGAUGAUGAGCUGUGCGUAGACAAAGAGGAGACAGUUUACCAGAUCGCAGUGCGCUGGGUGAAGGCUGACCUCCAGCGAAGAAUGCAUUACUGGCCCGAGCUACUACAGCAGGUCCGACUCCCAUUUGUCAGGAGGUUCUUCCUCUUGGCUCAUGUUGAGAGCGACCCACUCGUAUACCUUUCACCUACCUGCCUCCGCAUGGUGAACGAGGCCCGUAGCUUCCAGUCCUGCGAGUACGACCGUCACGACAGACCCUGCCGUCGCAUGCGCCCACGGCCUUCCACCGGACUGGCCGAGAUCCUAGUAGUGGUUGGAGGUUGCGACCAGGACUGUGAUGAGCUGGUCACUGUUGACUGUUUCAACCCACAGACGGGCCAGUGGCGCUACCUGGCCGAGUUUCCGGACCACCUCGGAGGGGGCUACAGCAUAGCUGCCCUCGGGAAUGAUAUGUAUGUCACUGGUGGCUCUGAUGGAUCUCGCCUGUACGAUAGUGUUUGGCGCUACAAAUCGAGUGUCAACGAAUGGACAGAGGUGUCACCCAUGCUGAAGGCGCGCGAGUACCACAGCUCAUGCGUGUUGAAAGGUCAGUUGUACGUGGUGGCGUCUGAAAGCACCGAACGCUAUGACCACACGCUGGACUGCUGGGAGUCCUUGCCGCCUAUGCCGCACGCUAUGGAUAACUGCUGCACCACUACAUGCAACGAUCGCCUGUACGCCAUCGGCUGUCUAGCUGAAGAAGACGCCAUGGCUGUUCAGUGUUAUGAGCCAGACAGCGAAAGAUGGUCCAUGGUUAACUGCGGACAGUUGUCGUGGGCAUACACCCCUAAAACGGUCACUCUCAAUGGGCUCAUCUUCUUUGUUAGGGAUGACUCGACAGAGGUCGACGUUUACGACCCUCAGAAGAACCAGUGGGAUAAGAUUAGUCCAAUGAAUCAGGUACAUGUAGGAGGCAGCGUAGCAGCGCUAGGUGGAAAACUCUUUGUAUCCGGUGGUUACGAUAACACAUUUGAGCUGUCAGACGUCGUGGAAGCGUACGACCCGGCCACUCGCGUCUGGUCCGUCGCGGGUCGGCUGCCUCAGCCCACUUUCUGGCACGGCAGCGUAAGCAUUUUCCGACAGUUCAUGCCUCUGGUGUCUAAUGUUUUUGAGCCCAUAAGCGCCCCGGAUGCCAAUGCCAUCCACCUGCACCGGCACCAGCGCCACCAGGCCCUACAGAACUUGAAUAAUGAUGUCAACCAGGACAUGAACGUGGCCCACUGAGUUUGGAUACACCCAACGCUGUGCUGUCAGUUUGCGUUGCCUCAUCAAGAUGCUGAAACAUAGCUCCUCCUGAUUUUGGUAGUAGGAUUUGGAAGAGGAUCUAAGCCUGUAAGAUCUGAAAAGUAGAACUAAAUGCAUGCAUGCAUGCAUGAAGAAAACAUCACCUGCAUGCAGUUUUGUAAAGAUUCUAGCUGGAACAAAGGCUGGAUGAUGAAUUGCAUUUCCGAUUACAUCAGAGACUGAAAGGAGAAAGCAAACUAAACCAUUCAAAGGUAGUCUAUGAUACCUGUCAUUGAGGAGAGCAUCUGGUACGAUCAUCUACUCAGGCUAAGAACCUGAUUUACAAACCUCAAAUCCAAUGAAUUUAUAUUGAACCCAAAUAGGGAUGUCCCGACCGCAUAUAGUUUAGCACCCGAGUCCAAGUCGCCUGAUUUUGAGAAUGCCGCCAAAUACCAAGUUCCGAUCUGAUACCGAAAAAAAAGUUUUUUUUUUGUUUGAACAAAAGUUGCAAACAUGUUCUAGCGCUAUUCUACUGUACUUCCUUUUCCGCUUUUCCCGGAAGUGUUGCGAAGUAUAAGAUGUAUAUAUUUUUGUAUCUUUUGGCAAUGCCAUUGUAUUUCUGAAUUUUACUUUUUAGCCCUUAAAAAAUACAUAUGGCGGAAAACGCUCAGGUGACUUGAAGUUCUGCUCUGAGACCCCCAAUUAGACCAAAUUUCAAAAUUGUCCUAUAUGCAUGUGUGAUACAUCAUUGGAAAGCUUAAAAUCUCAAUUUUCUGGGGGAAUCAAGUUUUGAACAGGAGGGCAUUUAAAAAAAAAAAAAAAUUUAAACAGCAAAACCCUAACUGGAGGCGGGAGCAGAUGAGAGCAGAAUUAAAGACGCCAUGAUUUUAACGAGAUAUUAUCGCGUACUUACCUCGUUUCGAUCCAAAAACUCCAUGUAGCAUGUAUCAAGACAUGUGUCAAGACACAGAUGUGGAUGGCCACAGCCGGAUCAUUUGGAGAUUUUAUGGGUGAAACAUGGUAAUAUAACAAGGGUCGCGAUGCAGAAAUUGCAGACAUCAAGGAGUGGUCGAGAUGUUCUUUUUCAUUUAUUUACCCUUUUACAUGUUGUUUUUCAAUUUUUCUUUGUUUGGAUCGAUUAUUUAUCUAACAUAUCGGAAAAAAUGCGAUAUUAACAAGAAAAAUACAAUUAAGCGAUAGUUAUGAGGUAGAUAUCCGUGACUUUUUUACAGACACCAUUUUUUUCAUUGUGACGUAAUUGGUUUAAAAGUUUAAAAUAUGCAAGUGAAUAAUUUUUUAAAGUCGUUUUCUUUUUUUAAACGAAAUAUUAGAUAUCAAUGGUUCUGACCUAAAAGUGACAGACAUUUUGAAUAAUAAAUGUAAUUAAUUACCUUCGUUUUAUGGCUGGGUUGAAACAAAAUCGGUUGCGCGAUGUCUGUAAACUGGGGUUUCCAGAGUAAAACGGACAAAUUAAAAAUGGUUUGAAGGCUUAAUGCGCCAUGAAUCUGCUAUGGCAGCAUAUAGACAUAUUGUUUUAUCAAACACAACAGUUCUUUUGGCUUAAAAUACAGCAGUUUAUUUUAGAGAGGGGUGCAAGACCAGAAACUGCUUUUUCAGACUUGUCUGUGUUUCCCGCCAUAUAUACAUAAAUUAAGCCUAAAAAUGGGUAAAACUAUCAUUGCAAUUCUUGCAAAGACUAGAAGAAUUUUCACCAGAUAACUUGAAUAGCUCUUGUUUGAGAUAGGCCUGAACGAUAUUGGAAAAAUGAACAGCACUUUUUUCUGAAGGUCCACCAGCACAAAAUGUAGGUGCACCCACAUUUUUCAUUGCCUCACCUUUAGCGCCAUACUUUUAAUCAUUCUCCAUAACAUUCAUAUGAGGGAGUCUACUCGAAUUCUUUCAUGCUCUUACGCUCACGCUUCCGACAACAGCCUUUCACUUAAACAAUGAGUUGCCAGAGAAUGGGCUACGACUUGUGUAACAAGCUAAACUAUUAACACAUUUGUGCCUUUUGAUUGUAGAGCUACUGAGGCUUUGUUUAUGAGAUCAAAACACGAACCUGUCAAUCAUCAUUAAUUUUAAGUACCAAACGCAAGCUGCACUGCUUAGAAGGAGGGAGGGUGAGAGGCUGUACUAGCAUGAAGCAGGAAAAACAAAUACUCUGGUACCUCGACAUACGAUCGCUUCGACACACGAUCUUUUCGACAUACGACGUAAAAUUUGGCUCGCCAUUUGGUUCUACAUCCGACAACAUGCUCUAAAUACAGCAAUGUAUGACAGCUCCGCAGUUUGUUUUCCCGCAAGACGGAUGCGUGGCAGAUUUUCUUGUGAGAGGAAUCAACAUUGGUUCCGACAAUGCUAGUGCCGGUGGUGGAAAAAAGGUGAUGCUUACUGUUACCAUUGACAUGAAGAUGGAUAUGAUAGAGAAAUAUGAGCGUGGGGUGCAUAUCCAUGAUAUGGCUUGCUCAAUGAUACGGCCGUAGACGGUCUAUGACGGUUCUCCUCCAUUCGCCAGUCUUUAUAAGUUAAGGUGGCAGUUAUUAUUGUGGGAACAUCACCAACGAAAUCACCAGCUUCGUCAGGUUUCUAAUCAUUUAUUCCAUCAACUUGUGCCUAGUGUCCCCCGCAGCAAGUAAACAAGGUGAAAGUGAAACUAUAAAGGCUCACUCUAUCAGGGGCCGUUUAUAUGGUGACUCCGAGAAUACGACCAAUUUCAAAUUUGCAUUUGCGUCUCCAUUUGAACAAUGUCGCUAUCCCGCAUGAAACGAUGUAGUAUUCAUGCCAGGCCCUACGGGGCAGUGCAGAUUUACUGGGCGACAGAGAAUGAUGCACUUUGACCCCACCAAGCUCCCUCAGCCCGGAAAAAAAUAUGCCCGCCCACUCGAAGCAAUGUCAUUCUUCUUUUGUUCAAAAAGGCACACAAAUUGAAACGUUCAACAUAUUUAAUUAAAACAGUCAAUUAAAGCCUACAUUCCGCCAUAUUUGCUGUUUUUAAUGUUUAGUAGCACCGCUGCGCACGCCCAAUGUGACGUGGACGAGUGCAGAUGUUAACAGCGCUGUCUCGCGCCGCAGCAGCCUUUGAUAUGCAUCCCGAGGAAGCCCCCCUCUACCCCCCGCAAUCGGAUUCUUCCACUUUGGAGGCAGGAUUCAGAAUUUUUCGUCUUCGCCGACACCAUAUGCAUGCGAGGCGAGUCCGCAACUCAGUCAUUGCGUCUUUGUGUCGCAGAGUCGCCAUGUAAACUGCCCCUCAGUCAGCCACGCGAUGCGUUCAGGUACACCACGAAAACCCAUUCACCACAUUAGAACCUGGUUUGUUACAUUAUUACAGGUAUUAUUUAUUAUUCCAAUUUUUAUUCAUAAAGUAUUUGUUAUGCUCUUUGUAAUUGAUAUUUGCAAUAGUAACACCAAUAUUUAUUGAGAAUUUAGUGUAGGUUUUCGGGCUGCGGAACGAAUUAAUGGAUAAUGUAUUCUUUUGGGAAAAUCCUGCUCGACAUACGACCAUUUCAACUUACAAACAAGGUCCUGGAACCAAUUAACUUCGUAUGUAGAGGUACCACUGUAUAUAUUUUUUAAAAUUAAAAACCCGAUCCUUUUCACCUGAUUAUAAUCCUCUUAAAAACGGCGCCAUAGGCCCGAUUUCCAAUCACGUGUUCGGAUCGGGACAUCCCUAUAAUAAACUACAUGUGAUUUGCAAGUCAUUUUCAACAUAUGUUCGAUUGAAUACACUACAAAGGCACAUUUUUUUGUUGAAACUGAUCCACUUGAAGCUUUGUAGUUCAUUCCCAUUCAUAUCAUAUUACCAUUAACAGUGCUUUCACAGAUGUGAACAACAUGGAUGGUCAUUUUCCUCCUUGGCCAGGAGGACACUUUUGGCAAAAAAACAUAGUUGACUUGUUCCUAUUGAAGCUGUUAACCAGUGGGAUCUUCAACCCCCCAGCAUCCUUAACUUGGUCUUUUUAUUGCUCCUUUCGCGCCUCAUUGGAAGGUGUUUCAGGCAUUUAAAUUGGUGAAUAUUUGCAACUAAUGUUCACCAGUUUGAAUCAUGUCUUGGUAUGUUGAAAAGGAUUUGCAAAUUGUAUUUGGUGAGGAUACAGUAUAUCUGCAUCUGCCAGCUUUAAUUAUAAGGCAUGCUACAAUGUUCAUGUCCAUGCAACAAUCUGUUGUUACUGACCAUAAAUGUAAACCGUAAGUAUGCAUAGUGAUCUUCCCAGUGGUUUAGUGACAUGCAACCAGUGAAAGCGAUUUGCCUCCUAUCAAUAUGCAUGGGACAUCCCUGCCUAUAAAACAGGCUUUUAAUGGCAAAUCUGCUCUUAAUAUGUUGAUCUAUGCAUCAGGAAUGGGCAAAAUUCCAAUUUUACUGUUGUAUUGUUUAGUGCAUCUUAAAGGGAGGCAAAAUGUAGCCUACUAAUUGGCCACAAUCAGCAGAAGCACUGUUUAUUCUAUCUCGUUAAUAUGACAUCAGUAACGGGAAAUUGUACCUCUUUCAACGAAUGUGCCUCAUCGACUGUUCAAACUGGAAGUUCCACAGGAUUUUGGCUAACCCUCACCUAAUAUGUCAUUACAUUUAUAUUCACCUUAGUUGACGUAAAUCUUUCACCUAACGUGCUGUUUAUGGAUUGCUUGGAUGUAAGUAAAAGCAAGUAUAAGCUUGUCAGUCGGUUAGCCUCUUGCUAAUCAUAGGUUUGUGUUCAUUUUUGAAGUUAUUUUCCCCCCAAAAUGCAUGAGAUUUUAUAUUUAAUAAUGAAUGAAUAAUAAAUUGUUUAAAAUUGAAAAUCCUAAGUUUGUAGUUUUUUGGGGGGGGGAUAGGGGUAAGGAUGUUUACGGGAGAAGUCUUCAAAAGUCGUUACUAUUCGUUUUAUGGGACAAGGCAUUGUUCAUUUAGUUUUUUUGUUUUGUUUUUGUUUUUUUUUACCUUGAAGUGCCUUUAGCAUCAAGAAAAAUUAAACUGACAUUCAUUUUCAAUACCAUUCUCCAUUUACAGUUGUGGUCA